AUGAUGGCGUCGAUGCCGCAAUUGAGAUGCUUAGUCGUCAACUCACGGAGAUGCAAACAGGGUUUGGACGGCAAUUCGAUCUCAUGGAUCGACGAAUCACCGAUUUGGCAGAGGGUUUCGAGGAUCGAUUGGCAGGACACGCUGCUCAUACGGAUGAUCGAACGAACCGUGGCCGGGGCGGACGGCACGGUGGAGCGCCCGGAGGACGCGGCCGGGGUAGACGUGGGGCGCCCCGCGACCGGUCGCCUAAUCCGUGGAAUGGAGGGGCCUUCUGUUAUGCUUUUGUCCAAGGGUGCUUUUCAGCAUGAGAUGAAGACUGCUCCUUUUGCUAUUCUAUUACUAUGUUCGGACACACCUCCGGACCACGAGCCUCCCGUUGAGGUGGUUAUUUUGACCAUAUUGAUGAAGGUAAAAUUUCGAGCGAGGACCCAAAAAGGCCAAAAACUCCUCGCAAAACACCAUUGUACCUCCCGCUCCCCCAGUUGUACAUUUCCUUGCGUGUUCAUCACCACCGCCAUUGAUGAACACCUCCGCCUAAAGAAAUUUCCAUAUUUUUCCCACCCAAAAUCUCUCCCCACAAAAACCCUUUUUCCUUUUAAGAUCUCUCGAUUUCGCAAUGCAAUCACAGUUGAUCCAUCUGUUGAGGAAAGAGUAUACUUCAUCCCCAAUCUGACGAUUGCUGCGACCAUGGGUUGCGGCGGGUCGAAGGCAGAGGAUCUGCCGCUGGUGGUCCGCUGCCGCGAGCGGCGGGACCUCAUACGCGCCGCCGCCAACCACCGGUACUCCCUCGCAGCCGCUCACAUCUCCUACUUCCGGUCGCUCAGGGACGUCGGCGAUGCUCUUCGGAGAUUCGUUGACGAGGAGCUGGUCACCGCCGCGUCGUCUUCCAACUCCUCCUUCUCCUCGCCGUCCCUGACGCUUCCCAGAGAUUCCAAGCAGAAGCACGGCAAUGCGGAUGAAUCUUCUCGGCAUCUGCGCGACUUCGACGACGAGGAUGAAGAUGAUGACGAGUCCCACCUGCAUAUAUCGGAGUCCUCUUCAGAUGCAGAUUUUGACGAUGACUUCUUGCAUCACCAUCAUCAUCCUCCCAACAAUCACUAUCCUCCGCAACAUAAGCACCAGCAGCAGCAGCACGAAUCGGAGCAAGAUGCGCAUCUACACCACAACCACAAGCAUCAAGCCCACAAGGGGAAAAAAAAGGGCUCUGACGGCGAGCCGAGCCAUUUUCACAGCGAGGAGGAAAGCUCUCCUCAUUACCCUCGAGCUGGCUUCCAUGGCUAUGGCAAUGACCAGGACCGUGAGCCGGAAGCUUCCUUCCAUUAUCCCGGAGAAGGUAAUUUCCGUAGAUACGGGUCUGGAUUUGGGGAUGUAUAUGGCAACGACCCGUUUUCGGAUCUCCCACACUCUCAUCCGUUUAAUUAUCCUCAGCAGCCGGCGUCCACCUCAUACGGUGCACCCUAUAUGGACCAGUGGGACCAACCUGCUGCUCCACCGCCUUGGUACUAUUCCAACAAUACGAACGUGUUCUACAUGAGGAAAGGAGCCCCAGCGGCCCAGACAGUUGUUCACGAGCCUCCUCCCGAGCCAGCCCAAGGGUACUCUGACUUGUACUGGAAUCCGGCUUAUGGGAAUCUUGGAUAUGGUGCCAAUUAUGGGUAUGCUGCUAUAGGAAUGAGAAACAAUGAAGCUGGCAGAGACAGCAGGCAGAAGGAGGUCCCGCCUCCCCCUUCCCCUAAGGCUUCCGGAUGGGAUUUCUUCAACCCGUUUGACGGUUUUGAGAACGGGUAUGAGGAUAUCUACUCUGGGAAAAGAUAUGGGUACAGGUCGAGCUCCAGCAGUCCCGACUCAGCCGAGGUGAGGGAGAGGGAGGGGAUUCCUGAUCUAGAGGAGGAAACAGAAAGCGAGGUGUAUAAUAAAGAGGUUCUCAAGGGUAAUAAUAAAAUGAAAGAUAAGGGUAAGGGUAAGAAUGUCGAAAAUAGUUCAAAAUCUAUGCCGCAUCAAGGAGGUGAGAGCAGUUUAGGAAAAGAAUCAUUCCGUAAAAGUGAGGGCAGGCCGAAACCCGUGCCAGUGCAUAAUAGCAAGAGCAGCUCAAGAUCAGUGCCCUCGUCGAGUAGUUUGGAGAGUGAGAGUGAGAAAAAUUCUGUGCCAUUACAGCAUAAAAAGGGUAGUGCGAAGUUGUCUAUGCCCUCUGAGCUUAGUGACAAGAGUGGGAAAAAACCAUCGGUUCCACUGCCACAAUACAAAACUGGCAGUGAAAAGACUUCUAUACCCCCCCAGUAUAGUGAGAAGAGUGUGAAAGGGAAACCGUCGAUUUCACUGCCGGAGGAUGAGGGCAGUUCGAGAAUAGAAAUGGAGGGGUCUAUUAGUAGUUUGUCAGACGAGAAUAGUAGUAGUAGUCCUGAGAAUGUGGUGUUGGAAAGGGUUAAUGAGGGUUAUGUAAGGAGGAAAGGGGUGAUUUUUGAGGUGGAGGAGGUGUCGAAGCAGGAUGGUGAGUCUUCAAAGCUGAGUAGCGUCACCAUGAUGUCACCUCGUGGGAACCGCGACUUGCGUGAGGUUGUGGCAGAGAUUAGGGACGAGUUCGAGAUGGCGUCUGCUUAUGGGAAGGAGGUGGCUGUGAUGCUCGAGGUAGGGAAGGUUCCAUAUCGGCCUAGCUUUCUGAAAGUAAUCCGCUCCCGGAUAUUGUAUCCACUAUCACCAUCCCUAUCAUCAUGUGAUCCUCCAUCAUUAGAAUCUGCAAGAUUAGCUUCCAGGACAAUGAAGUUGGCAAAAUCUUACUUUGAUGAUGUCGGGAAGAAUGUAGACACAAAGGCUUGUAACCUCUCGUCCACUCUGGACAAGCUGUAUGCUUGGGAGAAAAAGUUAUACAAGGAAGUAAAGGAUGAAGAAAAACUCCGAGUUGUGUAUGAGAAGCAGUGCAAGAGGCUAAAAAUCUUAGAUGAGGAGGGAGCCGAGCCUGUCAAGAUUGAUUCCACUCGAGCUUCUAUAAGGAGAUUGCUAACAAAACUCGAUGUUAGCGUAAAAGCAAUUGAUGCUAUUUCAAUCAGGAUACACAAAUUAAGAGAUGAAGAAUUGCAACCGCAGGUUGCUGAAUUGAUUCACGGGUUUAUCCGGAUGUGGAAGUCUAUGCUCAAGUGCCACCAGAAGCAGUUCCAGGCUGUGAUGGAUAGCAAGAUGCGUAGGCUUAGGGUCAACACCGCUUCCCGUUCGGGCCCAGACCCAGCCUCGCGGGCGUCGGCCCGCCUUGAGCGCGAGCUUCAGGCCUGGUGCUCCCGCUUCAACGACUGGAUCAAUUCCCAGAAGUCAUAUGUCGAGUCCCUCAAUGGUUGGCUCCUCCACUGCCUCCAGUACGAGCCCGAAGAGACCCCAGACGGGCCCGUUCCUUACUCUCCGGGCCGUUUGGGGGCCCCACCCAUAUUCGUUAUCUGCAACGACUGGGCCCAGGCCAUGCGGGCCGUCUCGGAGGCCCGGGUGGCCGAUGCUAUGAACACAUUUGCAGCCAGCCUCAGGCAGCUGUGGGAGAAACAAGACGAGGAGGAUCGCCAGAGAGUAAAAGCGGAAUAUUUCUCGAGAGAUUACAAAAAACGGGUUGAAGAAGAGAAGAAAGGUCUGCCGAUGGUGGUACAGUCGGACAGUAACAGUGGUGGUGGGGUCUCACGGUUAGACGAUCUCAAAGUGGAUCUCGACUCGAUGAAAGAGAAAGUGGCCGAGGAGAGAGUGAAGCACAAGGACGCCAUGAAAUUGGUGAACGAUGCGGCUUCUAGAAGCUUGCAGGGUGGGCUUGUGCCGAUUUUCAAGGCCUUGGAAAGUUUUACGAAGGAGGCUCUAAACGCGCACGAGCAUGUCCGGUUUGAGCGUCCCGGGCCGGGCUCGUAA